AUGUAAUAAAAUUAAUGCGUAUAGACCUCCUCAUUUGAGUUGGCUUUUUAAUUAUAAGAUCUAAUCUUUAGAGAAACUAAGACAAAAUCUCCAUCUCAAUUGUACAAUUUUUCCACAUCAACAAAAGCUAUUUCAUACUCAAAGUAAAUAAAAUAAAUAAAUUCACAUCGAAGUGUUGGUGAAAUAAAUACAAAUAUCUCCUCUCCUGCUCCUAUAAAGCUUUUAGGCAAGGCAGUCGAAGGUAAAGCAUUUUUGACUAAUCUAAUGUUUCCUAGUCAAUUAAGGAUGAAGGUGUCGAUUAUAGAAUAUAAAUCUGAGAAGAAGGAUCAACCAAUGCCAAAAAAUAUACAUAUGGCAAGGAGACUGAGUUAAUACAAUAUAAAUGAGUCUAAAUCAGGGAGAUAGUUUGAAUGGAUCAAUAAAUUUAAUUUGCAAUUGCAAAAGUGCAAUUAUUAUGUGAACAAUGAAAAAUCAGUAAAAUUAAAACUACAACGAAAAAGACAGUUAUCUGUAAUAGAUGAUGUUCGACCAAUAAGUUCUCGAAAUCUUUUUAUAAAUGGAACUUAGAGUCAAUUUUCAAGUCGAGCCAAGACACCAAGUAGAAAAUGA